AACUCCGAAUCUCAAGGACAAUAUGUGCGAGCUAGUGCGAUCGACAUUUCGUAUAUAAAGUAACCUGCUGGAUAAUUUCGACUUCCCUUCCAACUGAAUUCGAGAUCGUUUCGAGUAUGGCUCCUACUCCGUAUCCUACGACCAUUCAAAGCCUACCGCCAGAACUCAUUGCCGCGAUCCUAGAAUGCCUGCAGUCUGAUAAAAACAGCCUGAAGUCGUGUACUUUGGUUUGCUCGGCAUGGCUCAAUCCUAGUCGAUCGUGUCUUUGGCAUGAAGCGCAGUUUAUUGGGUUCCAGCAGCCCCUUUUCUACAACAACUUUAUGAUUUCUUUGCGAUUUGGAGACCUCAUCAACAUUGGCCAGCACAUCCGGAAAUUAACACUCGUCGGUCCCAACAUUACGGAAGGCUACAAUGUGCCGACCGGAUGUCCGGCUCGUCCGCUGUCGACCACGGUACUCAUUGCUAUCCUAGACCAGUUGAAGAACCUUCGCAAGCUCGAGUUGCAAGAUUUCAAUCUAGCCUUGGAUCUUUCGACUUCCUACUGCAGAAAGGAUAUUUUCAGCAACAGUGUCCUUGAGACACUCGUCCUCAUAGAUGUUAUGACCGACCAGUCCUCGUCUCGCAAAGCCUUACUAGACUUUCUUCCUAUAAUAUUUCCCAGCCUCAAGGAACUCCGGGCAUCAGCGUUUCGUCCUGAUGAUGAUAUUGACGUUGAGGGUCGGCCGUUAUCGGGGUUGCGUCAUUUGUCGGUCAACCUCAUUACGCCUUCAGACGUGAGGUUUUGUCGCAGGAUGCUUAUGGCACAACCGAUACGUCGUCUGGAUCUCUUCGCUUUCAGCACAAGCAAGGAACAAAAAUUCUUGGCAUCUGGUGCGACCAGCAUACAGUACCUAUCUUUGCAUUUAGUGAAUUUCCUCUCUCGAUUCAAUCCCAAGGAUCUCAACCUUACUUCGUACACUGUACUCGAGAGUCUCGAUAUCAGUAUCGAGGUGCCAAGCGGCAUCACAUUGGAGGAAUUAUCCAUCACGACAUCCGACUUGUUCAAGUUCAUCGUUUCCACUCUGACGUCAAUCGCCAUGCCUCCUCAGCUUGAAACUUUAGUCUUGAGACUUGGCAUGGUGGUCGAUAGCGAUACUCGUUGGGUCUUACAUUCUGAGUUCGGAGCUCAAUGGGCUCAGAUCGCUGAGGCUGUCAAUGUUAGGCCUGAGCCAAAGAAGGUUGUAGUGCUUUUGCAAGAGCAUGACCCGUAUACAUACUCGCAAUGGGGAUCGGAACAUAUGAACACCUGGACGAGGACAACUAGUUCGCAUGGGCCAACGUGCGGGCAUGAAAUCUUCACAUCCAAUCGCUUCAUGGUGAACAGCGUAAGACUUUCAUCACCGAACUACUGAUGAGAUUUGAGGGCAUCUUUAGAACCGUACCCGCGAUGCCAUUGCAGGUCGGCAGGUCUAGAGCCUUCUUUAUGACUCUCGUCGUGGUCAGUAUCCGGGAUUUGUUAUUUAGUACGAAGAAGAAUAUAUAUGCCGGCAAUAGAUCUACUGCAGCACUUUGUGGUAGGUUAUGGGUUCAAGUCAAGAACGGAGUUGCCACAGUACAGACCACGGUGCUGCGAGAAAAUACCUCCCCAAACUUGGUGCCUCGCUUUAUCCUACUUGCGAUACAAAACAUCAACUUCCUGCGUACACUCCACACAUCGUAUUACGACUACUUGACAACAAGACAGGUGGAACGAAAUGAAAGCCGAGCGCAUCAUGUUGUAAUAAUGAGAAUACUUAAGACUUCAAUAUACUGACGGGCUCCCA